AUGCUUACCAAAUCCGCUGCCAGUAUCCUCCUCGGCCUUGUGGGCCCGACGCUUUGUCAGCUCGAUGCCGUGCCCACCGGCUUCAAUACGGAUCGUUGGGCGUGGGUUUCCAACGAGGAGCCUCUUCUUGCCGUGAUCUCGGGGCAGUUUAACCGCUCCGUGUUCGACACGCCUUCCGCCGCCCAAGUCUCGGACUCGGGUGUCGCCGCCAUUAUAUUGGACGUGCGGACCAAUAACUUGACCAAGAUCCGCACCAAUCCACCCACCUACAACGUCCACGGCUGCAUGUAUCAAAAUGGCAAGCUGCACGUCGUUACGGAUGGAGGCCCGGAUGAAACGGCCUAUCUGGCCACCGUCGACCCCAACACGUGGGAGCGUAAGACUGUGCUGAACAACUUCUACGAGCGGCCAUUCAUGAGCUUCAAUGAAAUUGAAAUGGAUUGCGAGGGGAACUACUACCUGACGGACUCGGACUCUGUUAUUGACACUGCAUGGCAGGGCCGGGACUUGAACCCCUUCCGGCGACCAACGCUGCCUACGCUUUACUUCGUCAACGGCACCACACUCCGCAUCAAGGAAGUGGCGUUACUGGAAGGCAACACCAACGGCGUGUCCCCGUCGCCCGACGGCAAAGCGCUCUAUCUGUCGAACACGGGUGCCCUCGAGGUCAAGCCGUCGCGGCGGAACCCCCUGGGCGACUGCGACCUUUGGGCGUUCGACUUUGCCGUGUCCUCGUCGGGGGCACGUCUCCCGCUGCUGACGAACCAGAGGCUGCUCAGCCACCCCAUGCAGUACAUUUACGACGGUGUGCGCGUGAGCAACUCCGGCUUGAUCUUUGGCGCGGGCGGCGAGGUGGUCGACGUCCUGGACCCGGAGUCCGGGUGGACGCUUGGCUCGAUCCGCGUUGGCGGAGGCGGCAACAAUCCCGUCAACUUGGCGUUCCACCAGAACGAGAUUUUCAUCGUGGGAAAAGGGGGUGUGUGGCGUUAA